AUGAGUUCCACAGAUACCAACGCUGAGAGCGACGGCCCCAUCCCCAAGGGGGCCAGACUGAGCCGAGACGUCCCAAACCUGGACACCAUCCCCCCAUUCACCCUCAGUAAGGUACACCUGCUGCCUCCACGGGACGUCCCAUAGAGACACACAUAACCUCUGACCUUUCUCCUCUUAUACCAGACCUGGGUUCAGAGACAUGUAUUUGAGUAUUUGUUAUUUAAAUACUCAUUUUCUGUGUAUUUGAGUAUUUUCUAAUAAUGUGGCCCGUAUCAACUACUUCUAUUGGAAUAUAAUAAUUUCCUAUAAAUGGCCUACUAUUUGAAAGUAUUUUCAAACACUUAUUUCAAAUAAUAUUUUCAAAUACCUGGGAGUGUAUUUGAGUCAGUGUAUUUUUGUAUUUUCAAAUACUUUCCAAUUGUAUUUCCAAAUACAUUCCAAUAUUAAACUACUUGUUUUUUCAAAUAAAAAAUAUCUAAAUGCUUACUUCCGAAUGUCUUUGAAAGUAAUUGAAAUACCCUAAAUAGUAUUUGAACCCAGGUCUGUCUUAUGCACAGUAGACAAGACUUCUUUGAGUGUGCUCUCUCUAAAGUCUCAAGGCACCUGUAUUGAUAUCUCAUAGUUUGAACAAAAUCACAUUCCUCUUUGUUUAUCUGGGUCUAGUAGCUAGUCCCCUCACGACGUAACCCAUAAUAAUGCCACAUCGCUUUUGUCCACAUUUUGAAAAGGUGUGUGGGAACACUGAUUAAGUACAAGAGGAUAAUGUAUGUGAUGUGUGACGUGUGUGUCUGUUCUGGUUUGGCGUCUCUCUCCUGGCUUUGUUUAUGUGUUUUAUCUAAUCAGUGGCAUCUUUCUUGAUGUUAUGAUUCCACUGUACAGUAGGUGUUUGUGAAAUAUGCAAUCAUAUUUCUUAAUGUCGUUGCAAUUAUAGUGCUAUCAAGUCUAAACCCAUCAAAUAAUCAAAAUGAUCCACAUUGUCAUAGUCAUGGAGGAACUGAGGCUGCAUGCAGAGACAGGAGACACUGAUCUAUCUGCAUGAUCUCCACCUCAGCCCUGCUGACCCCAGCCAAGGCAUAUUUCACAACAGCCUAAAACUGAGCCUGAGCGAGAGAGAGGGGCAGGGGGGGAGUGAAAGAGAGGAAGGCCCCAAACAUUUAAGGAAGAAGAAAAGAGAAGCAUGUAGAGGUGCAAUUGUGUCUGAUAUCUCCAGAGAUCUAUAAUGUGUUAAUGACAGACUGUGUUCGACCCAAACAAUACCAGCUUUCUUCCUGUGGAAUGGAAUGUUUCCUAUUUUCUGGUUCAGGUUAUACCCCCGUUGACUGAUAAAGUCAGACAUUAGUCAGUGCUGAAAGCUGUCAAGGACAUCACAUUUAUAAUUUUUAUUUUACCUUUAUUUAUCCAGGUUAGUCUCGUUGAGAUCAAAUCUCUUUUUCUCAAGAGAGCACUGAAUUAACCUGGGUAAAUAAAAUGGCCCACCUGGAUGAAUUAAGAUGUUCAUUUAUUGUAAAUAUAGUGCACUUAUUUUUCCAGUAAUUACGUUAAAAAAUAUAUAUAGUUUUAUUGUCACAUACACCGGAUAGGUACAGUGAAAUGUGUUGUUUUACAGGGUCAGCCAUAGUAGUACGGCACCUCUGGAGAAAAUGUGGUUUAAGUGCCUUGCUCACGGGCACAUCAACCGAUUGUUUUGUUCACCUUGUCAGCUCGGGUAUUCAAACAAGUGACCUUUCAGUUACUGGCCCAAUGCUCUAACCGCUAGGCUACCUGCCGUACUCUGGUUUCUCCAGAUAAUAUAUCUGUGUCAUCAUAAUCGGCUUUACAACAUUUAUUUAAGAUUACAGUACAACAUUUCAUGAAGGGAACUUAAAAGUAGGACUAAAUCGUCUUGUGAAUCAUCCAGUAAAGUUAACAUGAUAAAUUCCUUCAACUGGAGAUGGAAUAUUACAGACAGAGAAUUGCUAUGUUGUGGACAGUUUAUGGACAUUGCCACCUUGUGGGGAAACCUGCCUUUCUUCAUGCUGGCUGUAUUGGUCAUCUUGAUUUACAGGCCAUAAUGUCGCUGGUUAUGGGGAGUAUCUUUACUAUAGACUACAUUGACAAUGCUAUCCUUCCCCUGAAAUGGAAAUAUCCAUUAGGGUUGGGGUAAAUUCCAUUUAAAUAUUAGUCAAUUCAGAAAGUAAACUGAAAUUCUAAUUCCUAUUUUUGUUUAAAACUUUCUGAAUUUAAAUGGAAUUGACCCCUGAUAUCAAUCCCUCUCAUAGGUAGAAGAGUGUCUUCAGCCUUUCCGUCUCUCUGUGGAGAAGCUGCAGGACAUGUCGUCUCGCCUGAGAAAGGACCUGAUCAGAGGGCUAGGCAAACACACACACUGCCGGGCACCCGUCAAGAUGCUGCCCACCUUUGUGAGGGCAACACCUGAUGGGAGAGGUACAGUACUGUACUCUGUAUUCCUUAAAGACUCUCCAUAGUAUGCACCAGUGAUCUAGGGUAUGGCCCUUUGUUGAGGCCUGUACUUUAGUAACCUAAUUCAGUAAACUGUAGGUAUACCACCCACCAGACAGCCUCUCACCUGGACUGAGGUGCCCAGUCUGAAAUGAACCUAUAGCCCCCAACAACCCCAACACACUUCUUCAUGUCCUCCUGCACUGUAGAUAUGAUGGAUGGUUGAUCAUUGAUUUUGGACUGAGCAAAUUGUCAGACAGUAACCUUUUCCUUGAAUUGAUUGGUCCCCACAGAGAAGGGGGACUUCCUGGCUCUGGACCUGGGCGGGACUAACUUCCGGGUGCUGCAUGUCCGCGUGGUGGAGGAGAUGCAGAAGCUGCUGAAGAUGAACAGUAAGAUCUGUGCCAUCCCCCAGGAGAUCAUGAUGGGGACGGGAGAACAGGUGUGUGAGUGUUUGGGAUUUACAUGUUUGUACAGCUGACCUCAUCCCACCCCUCCCAUGGGGCGGUCAUUCUCUAACCCCAGGUGGGAACAGUGCCUGUAAAUCCCUGUGUUGUUACAAUUUCUUACUUUAUAAACAUAGACUUUCAAUGGUUCAUUAAAUUUAACUACAACUACAAAUAUUGGACAUUGGCUGGGAAACCGGCUGCCUGUCAGCCACAAAAUCCCACUUAAACUGAGAAUUUAACAUGGACAUACUUAAUUUUACUGUACUUUAUGAUGAUUUAAGAGUAACCUUGUUUGAUAAAAUGCAACAACAGAAACCAGAACUAUUCUGGAUUAGUGAUUAAGAAAAGCUGGAACGCUAUUCAUUAAAUAAGGGUUCCUGGUUGCAAAUGUUAUUUCCAAAUCUUGGAAGAUGCGUCAAGAGAAGUUGUAUAAUUGAGAGGUUUUUGUUUUGUGUUUCAAUUGUUUUUCAUAUCACUAGGAAUACAAAUAUACUGUAUAUGUACGUAUGUAUGUAUGUAUGUAUUUACGUGUGUACAAACUGUAUAUAUAUAAACAUAAUCAUUUAUUUGGCUACAGCAAAUACAGUGUCUUAUAAGCCAAUGUGGGCUGGGCAUCCUGAAGAUGCAUGACACUAUAAUAAAAUAAAUCAAAUCAAAUCAUACUCAAGGGAAUACAUAUGGGUGACUCUGCUGUGACUUUGCCAGGUCUCCUCAGGUUUUGACGGAUGAAAGCCAUGCUCAGUUUCUAGAGAAAACCUUACGUUUGAAAAGCCGCCAACCUUGCUCAAUUAAUUAAAACCGAACAGCACCUAUUGACAGGAUGAAUCAGUAUCCUUUACCAAGCACCCAAGAUAUUUGACAUCAAUAUUACGAUAUUAAAUAACAGUAAUGCCACUGUGAGAUUUUGACUCAUUGAGAUUUCUCUCUUUCUAUCUCCAGUUGUUUGACCACAUCGCUGCAUGCCUGGCUGAGUUCCUGGAGUCUCUUGAGCUGAAGGGUCAGACUCUGCCUCUGGGCUUCACCUUCUCCUUCCCCUGCGAGCAGAAAGAUAUCGACAAGGUCAGUCACACUGCCCCAGAGACACACAUACAAAAAUUAUCAAUUCAAAAAGGAGAAAUCUGCAUGCUUCAACACAGCAAUUAAAACAUAAACUAGGGGAGGCAUCUCAUUCAGUCAGGACUGAUAUGAGUAGGACAUUUUUAGACCCGGUCCCCAGUGGAAAGACAAUUGAGUAGCAUCAAACAAUUCAUUCAAGGAUAGUUUUGUUGUGGUGGUCUAUUCCAAUUUUAAUUGUGUAACACACUGUGUGAGAAUACUGUUGUUAAUGUGACCUGAACUUCCAGAGUAUCCUGAUCCAUUGGACCAAAGGCUUUAACUGUUCAGGAGUGGUAGGAGAGGACGUUGUGAGGUUACUGAGAGAAGCCAUCCACAGGAGAGGGGUGAGUCUAUUGGCCUCCUUGAACCAUACAACUAUCAUCAUUUUUGCAAGAUACAACUAUCGGCACUUCUCCCCAAAAAUGUUUUUACUAAAUGAAAAAUGUUGAAUGUUAUUAUUACAUAUUAUAUAGUUCAUAUUGGUACACAAAUGUGCAGUUUACAGAGAAGUACCUGUAACCUUUGCUUGAAGUGGUAACCUCAAACUUCCCUCUCUCUCUCUCUCUCUCUCUCUCUCUCUCUCUCUCUCUCUCUCUCUCUCUCUCCCCUAGGAUUAUGACAUUGGUUCCAUUGCUAUGGUGAAUGACACGGUGGGGACCAUGAUGAGCUGUGGAUACAGGGACCAGAGCUGUGAAAUUGGCAUGAUCAUUGGUAGGUAGCACCUAACUGUACUGCAGCCACACUACUGCAACCAUAGAAUUACAGAAAAUAACACAAAUAAAAGCAUAAUAUAAGAUGUGUCCCAUUUAGCCUAGCAAGUGAAGGAGAGGGUGAAUGUAGUAACCAUAUAUAACAGUAAUAGUAUCAUGUUAUUACAAAACCACAUGCAUGUAAGUUGUUAGAGAUGUCAAGGAUAACCAUGGAGAGUCAUAUCUUGAAACACAUCAUGUAGUUUCUAGCACUUUCACACUGCAAUGGCUCCCUCUGCUGGAGAUGAUGACAACAUGGUUUUGUGUGCGUGCAUGUGAGCAUGUGUGUGCAUGGGUUUACACGUGUUUCUGUCUAACAUUGUCUUUGCCUCCCCAGGGACGGGGACAAAUGCAUGUUAUAUGGAGGAGAUCAAAAAUGUGAAGAGAGUAGAGGGGGAAGACGGACGCAUGUGCAUCAACACAGAGUGGGGGGGAUUUGGAGAUGACGGAUCCCUAAAGGACAUCCAGACUGAGUUUGACCUGGUGGUGGAUCGAGACUCACUCAACCCAGGCAUGCAUGUGUAUGUGUUUUUAAUUAAGGAGCAGUAGAAAGUACAUAGUUAAAGUACAUAAAAAUACAGCUAUGACUGUAACUUCUAUGCUUGGCUCUCUUGACUUUACACCCUUUAUCGACUCUCUGUUGUAUACUUGUUGUACACAUGACUCUCUGUUGUUUGUCCAUGUCUGUGUGUCUGUCUAUGUGUCUGUCUGUAUCCAGGUUUGAAAAGAUGAUCAGUGGGAUGUACCUGGGAGAGAUAGCCAGGCUGGUGGUGGUGAAGCUGGCUCGGGACAAGCUACUGUUUGGAGGAGAUCUAUCAGAGGCCUUGCUCACCCAGAACAGCUUUGAGACCAGAUUAAUCUCCGAGAUAGAGGAGUGAGUGACUGACACACCAUGCUCUUAUGUGUCAUAUAUCUACUUACACAGAUCCUAAAUAUAGCAGUUAUUUUUUAAAUAUCAAUGUGCUACAUAAUACAGAAGCUUCCAUUGUGUAGCAUUGAGAAAAAUUAGCUGUCUUUACAACUAUAUUAUACCAUUUACCAUCAAUAGGCUUUCUCAGUCAGUUUAAUCCUUUACAACCUAUCUAUUUGAAAUCAAUUUAUGUCACUUGUAUCAGCUUGCAUUCAUACCAAAGUAUAUUGAUGGAUGACUCAACUGAUGAGUGCUGCUUGUCUCAGGGAGAACACAGGACUGCAGAAGGCCCAGGAGAUUCUGUCAGAGCUGGACCUGCCUGCCGGGCCUGUGGACUGUCAGAUUGUGCGUCUGGUGUGCGACUCUCUGUCCACACGCUCGGCCCAGUUGUGUGCCGCUGCCUUGGCAACCAUUGCCAACCGUAUCCGUGUCAACCGUGGACUGGACCAUCUAGACACCACAGUGGGGGUGGACGGCACAGUAUACAAGAAACACCCCAAGUAUGUUCACCUCAGAUAGAAAUUGAAUGACAUUUUUCACAGGCUUAUUUCAGUUUAAGUGGAAAGAUACAGACAAAUCCCGCUUUUUAUAUUCUUGUCACUUGAUUGAAUGGAGAAUAUCCUCUUGUGCUGCCACAAUAGAUGUGUGGAUUUCCUGCCUUUGUUUCCUCAGCAUAUUCACGAAUGGCUGAAUCUCAAUAAUAUCUCGGUCUUACCACUAUCCUCCCUUCCUAAAGUGAAUUAUAUUCCUCUCUCAACCUUAACCCUGCCUUUCCACUCUCUCUGUCUAAAUGCAGGAAUUUCACAUGAUGGAAGUAUUUCAUGGAAUAAGCUAUUUAGUGUCCAGGGAGAUUGUAUCCCUCGUAUUCACUCCUUUGAACUGUCAGGACCUAUGUCAGUAUCAGGUGUGCAGGUAACCAUACAUUGAUUUGACUAUCCCCCCUGUCUCUCUCAACACGGUCCCUGCUUCCUUUCCUCCCCUCCCCGCUUCUCCCCUCCAGCUUCAGUGAGAAGCUCCAGGAGACGGUACGCAUCCUGGCCCCCAAGUGUGACAUCACUUUCCUCGUCUCCGACGACGGCAGCGGGAAGGGAGCUGCCAUGGUAACGGCGGUGGCACAGAGGCUGGCCAUGCAGUCCCGGAUGCUAGAGGACAGCGACGGAGAGGAGGAUGAGGAAAAGGAGGAGGAUGAAGAGGAGGAUGAAAAUUAAGCCAUGUGUUCGACUAGACAACUUGAAAUGCAGCACCAUGAAAAUGUCCCCCUCAAAUGCUUUUGUCAUAGACAAAGAUUGUAAGAUAGGGGAACUGGGGAACAAAGUAGGAAAUAGGCUACUUUUAGUCUUUUGCUUAUUUGUGGAAAUAUUAUUUGAGUUAUAUUUAUAAUAUUUUUAUACAAAAAGUCAAUUUGGAAAGUAUUCAGACUCCUUCACUUUUUCCAAAUGUUGUUAUGUUGCAGCCUCAUUCUAAAAUGGAUUCAAUUGUUGUUGUUUUUCAUCAAUAUACACACAAUACCCCAUAAUGACAAAGCAAAAACUGGUUUUUAGAAAUGUUUGCAAAUUUAUUAAAACAAAAAAACGGAGAUAUCACAUUUACAUCAGUAUUCAGACCCUUUACUCAGUACUUUGUUGAAGCACCCUUGGCAGCGAUUAAAGCCUCUGUCUUCUUGGUUAUGACACUACAAGCUUGGCACACCUGUAUUUGGGGAGUUUCUCCCAUUCUUCUCUGCAGAUCCUCUCAAGCUCUGUCAGGUUGGAUGGAAAGCGUCGCUGCACAGCUAUUUUCAGGUCUCUCCAGAGAUGUUCGAUCGGGUUCAAGUCUGGGCUCUGGCAGGGCCACUCAAGGACAUUCAGAGACUUGCGUUGUCUUGGCUGUGUGCUUAGGGUUGUUGUCCUGUUGGAAGGUGAAACUUCGCCCCAGUCUGAGGUCUUGAGUGCUCUGGAGAAGGUUUUCAUCAAGGAUCUCUCUGUACUUUGCUCCGUUCAUGUUUCCCUCGAUCCUGACUAGUCUCCCAGUCCCUGCCACAGCAUGAUGCUGCCACCACCAUGCUUCACCGUAGGGAUGGUAUUGGCCAGGUGAUGAGCGGUGCCUGGUUUCCUCCAGACGUGACGCUUGGCAUUCAGGCGAAAUAGUUCAAUCUUGGUUUCAUCAGACCAGAGAAUCUUGUUUCUCAUGGUCUGAGAGUCCUUUAGGUGCCUUUUGGCAAUCUCCAAGCGGGUGAUUUGCAAAAAUGUCUACAAACCUGUUUUUGCUUUGUCAUUAUGGGGUAUAGUGUGUAGAUUGAGGAAAAUUGGUUUAUUUAAUCCAUUUUAGAAUAAGGCUGUAAAGUAACAAUGUGGAAAAAGUCAAGGGGUCUGAAUACUUUCCAAAUACACUGUACAUAUCUCCGCUACCAUUACACACUGUAACUACAUUUCUAGGACAUACCAGUCAUUUACAAUUCAACCGAAAGUGGCUGAAGACGGGGUUAAUUGUAGCAGGCUGUGGGGUUAAAUUGAACACUGUCUUCAAUGCUAAAAAAAUGAGGGGUAAUUGAAAAACAUUCUGAUUUGAAACUGAUAUUUGGAUGAAAAUACACUAAAUUUACAAAAUAUAUGAUAAUUUGAUCUUUUAGGCACGUCAUAGGCUAUUUAUCAAAAGCUGAGUAGCCAAAAUUAAUAUAGCCUAUUUUAUAUAAGAUACUUUUAGCAUUCAAACGUAUUAAUUUGACUUUUCUUUUUCAUUAAGAAGAGUAUUGUGAGAAAAUACAACUAUAAUCAUUGUCAUCAACUAUACCAAUCAAAAGACCUCUUCUUACUGAUAAAACAUGAUACAGUGAGGAAAAAAAGUAUUUGAUCCCCUGCUGAUUUUGUACGUUUGCCCACUGACAAAGAAAUGAUCAGUCUAUAAUUUUAAUGGUAGGUUUAUUUGAACAGUGAGAGACAGAAUAACAACAACAAAAAUUCAGAAAAACGCAUGUCAACAUUUUUAUAAAUGGAUUUGCAUUUUAUUGAGGGAAAUAAGUAUUUGACCCCUCUGCAUAACAUGACUUAGUACUUGGUGGCAAAACCCUUGUUGGCAAUCACAGAGGUCAGACGUUUCUUGUAGUUGGCCACCAGGUUUGCACACAUCUCAGGAGGGAUUUUGUCCCACUCCUCUUUGCAGAUCUUCUCCAAGUCAUUAAGGUUUCGAGGCUGACGUAUGGUAACUCGAACCUUCAGCUCCCUCCACAGAUUUUCUAUGGGAUUAAGGUCUGGAUGUGCCUCUUCUUGAGCCACUCCUUUGUUGCCUUGGCCGUGUGUUUUGGGUCAUUGUCAUGCUGGAAUACCCAUCCACGACUCAUUUUCAAUGCCCUGGCUGAGGGAAGGAGGUUCUCACCCAAGAUUUGACGGUACAUGGCCCCGGCCAUCGUCCCUUUGAUGCGGUGAAGUUGUCCUGUCCCCUUAGCAGAAAAACACCCCCAAAGCAUAAUGUUUCCACCUCCAUGUUUGACGGUGGGGAUGGUGUUCUUAGGGUCAUAGGCAGCAUUCCUCCUCCUCCAAACACGGUGAGUUGAGUUGAUGCCAAAGAGCUCCAUUUUGGUCUCAUCUGACCACAACACUUUCACCCAGGUCUCCUCUGAAUCAUUCAGAUGUUCAUUGGCAAACUUCAGACGGGCCUGUAUAUGUGCUUUCUUGAGCAGGGGGACCUUGCGGGCGCUGCAGGAUUUCAGUCCUUCACGGCGUAGUGUGUUACCAAUUGUUUUCUUGGUGACUAUGGUCCCAGCUGCCUUGAGAUCAUUGACAAGAUCCUCCCGUGUAGUUCUGGGCUGAUUCCUCACCGUUCUCAUGAUCAUUGCAACUCCACGAGGUGAGAUCUUGCAUGGAGACCCAGGCCGAGGGAGAUUGACAGUUCUUUUGUGUUUCUUCCAUUUGCGAAUAAUCGCGAAUAAUCGCACCAACUGUUGUCACCUUCUCACCAAGCUGCUUGGUGAUGGUCUUGUAGCCCAUUCCAGCCUUGUGUAGGUCUACAGUCUUGUCCCUGACAUCCUUGGAGAGCUCUUUGGUCUUGGCCAUGGUGGAGUUUGGAAUCUGAUUGAUUGAUUGCUUCUGUGGACAGGUGUCUUUUAUACAGGUAACAAACUGAGAUUAGGAGCACUCCCUUUAAGAGUGUGCUCCUAAUCUCAGCUCGUUACCUGUAUAAAAGUAUAAAAGACACCUGGGAGCCAGAAAUCUUUCUGAUUGAGAGGGGGUCAAAUACUUAUUUCCCUCAUUAAAAUGGAAAUCAAUUUAUAACAUUUUGUACAUGCGUUUUUCUGGAUUUUGUUGUUGUUAUUCUGUCUCUCACUGUUCAAAUAAACCUACCAUUAAAAUUAUAGACUGAUCAUUUCUUUGUCAGUGGGCAAACAUACAAAAUAAGCAGGGGAUCAAAUACUUUUUUCCCUCACUGUAUAUGAUGAGAUACAUGGGGAGUGUUCCACAGGUCAAUAAUCAAUAAAGAUAAUAUUUCGAAUUCGGCCAGACAUUUUUUUGGGGGUCAAUAAAACAAAAAAUUAUUAAUGGAUUUAAGCAAAACUUCCUAGGCAUGUAGAUACACUAACCAAACAUUAGCACAUUGAAUAACAGCUUUCUAAGUGGUUUCUAAUUUGAAUGAUUUAGUUGUUACUUUGUGACCUAACACUUGCACUUGACUUGUUUCCCCCUUACUAGCUCUGACUUUGCUGAUAGCUACUUUAUUGAGGGAAAAUGUACUUACUAUGACUGUGAUAUGUGGUUGUCCCACCUAGCUAUCUUUAGUUGAAUGCACUAACUGUAAGUCACUCUGAAUAAGAGCCUACAUGCUAAACACCUCACUCACUUUCUUGUAACCUACUGAAUGGUAACUCAAAUAAUGAAAUCAUGAAUUCAUUCAACCUACUGUAUGCAUGCAUGACUGUAAGUCGCUUUGGAUAAACGCGUCUGCUAAAUGGCAUAUAUUAUUCUUAUAAAAUUCAACUUCUCUCUUUUUUACAGUAUCUUAUUUAAAGACAGUUAUAUUGACAACUGCAAAGCAAUCUUGUCUGUAUUACAUGGUUAACUUUCAGGGAGAAAAGUAUAUUAUGUCCUAACCUGUUGUAUGUGAAAUUAAAAUAAUGUUUUUAAAAAUGUAUUAGUACAUAUAAUUUUAUACUAGAGUGAAAACUUUGAAUUGGGAAUAUCUCACUGUAUUUAUUAUAUUUAGAGACCAGAUACUAUAACACUGCAGCCAUAUUGAAAUGGCAAAUUGUUCAUACAAUUAGUAUCUUGGAGUACACAUUUAUGAAUUUCAUGGUCAAGCCAAAUAUACGUUCCACAGAAUGGAAAGAGACACGUGCUCACUCCCCCUGUCGGAGAAACUAGAGGAACAUUAGGUUAUUCAAUCAAAGUUUUCAGCAAAAUAAUAAACUAUAGAAUAUUCAGGCACUCCAAUUGACAGAACACGUGUUCAGAAAGCUAGGUUGGCCAACCAAUUUAAGUGUUGCAAAUCAAAGAUGGCUAGCAUGAUACUGAUACAAUGGUGCAAUGUAAGUCGUCGUCGUCCCCCGUCCGUCCGUCCCCCCCCCCCCCCCAUUAGGCUAGUAGUUACAACGUUGCACUGCCGAAUGUAACAACUAUCACGUGUUUGUCUUUGCUCUUUAAAAUUUCCCUCACUAUAAUGUCAAUGUACCAUGUAAAAUACGACUCACGAUUAAAUGAUCACCAACCAUUUGUCUCCACGCAUGCUCCGUGGUUAUAGCCUACCAAAGUAUCAGCUCAACAAUUUUGAUAUUACAAUGUAACUAAACUUAAUUGAUGCAAUACCAUCGUGAAAAAUAAAAGAAGGACAUUUCUAAACUCGAACAACAAUGAUUUCAGGAUGGUAAAAAUGUCCUGACAUUAAAAAUAUCCACUUUCAUAUUAACAAUAUGUUAUAGCCUACUCUUGCAAACAGCUUUGGCCACACCUAGAUCCUGUCCUAUUUUCACAAAAAAAGAGAAACCUUUUCUUCUUGUGCAUUUGUUUGUGUGCCGGUGAGUUCCUGGCUGUGUAACUUGAUAGGGGGCUCUGAGAGGGAAUAAGGGAAUGUGUUGCUGCAAUGGAGCAGAAUGCAAUACAGGUAAAGCCGACACUCACUUUAUAUUAUUUUGAAAUAAAUCGUGAUUUUCCUAUGCGCACGCAUGCCACUUUUACCUGUUGAUAUCGAAAAUAAACCGACUGUGUGUCGGUCUCAUUUUGAUAUCAGUUUGCCCGUUUUCAAAUCUGUAAUUUUGUUUAGAAUGUCGAGUUGAUUGUUAUCCUAUCAAGCUAAAAAGACUCGCAAUUACAACUUUGCUGGAUGAGUCACAACUUUCCAAGGGAGAAAAUAGCUCGCUAUGAUAUUUUGAAAGGCCAAAAUUCCGCUGACAUGAUUAUAGGGUUUUAUUGGUCAGGAUUUGCAAUUUAAUUCAACUUCAAUAUGUCUAUAUUUUCUUCCUGUUAAUGAUUCAUUUCUUUGUGUGUCGUGUCGACUACCUACGUUCUCCCUCUCUACCCCCACCCCCACAUUUCCACAUUAAAGGCAAUUUUAUCUGACGAUUCCGCAAUAUUAAGAAACUUUUAUGCUUGUUUUUCAACUAAAUCGAUGGUAUUGUAACUUAAAAUCAAGUUUUGAGUAAAUAGAAAAUGAAUAUCUUACAUUUACAGUGACGUGAUAUUAAAGAUUAAAAUAUAAUCUAAGGAACUAGGUGGAGCAAUUUAUUUAUCGAACAAAUGGCCAACAUAUGGAUAUAAAAAAUCCCUAACAUUAUCUAUCGUGUUUAUUUGGUAUAGCUCAAAAUGGAAUGUUAAUAUUGUGAGGAAAUCGCUGUACUUUGUACUUGAAAUUGCGAGGAUUAUCUUGAUUGUACAUACCAGGCCCACCAAAAAUUUAUGUCGAAUAUUAGGACUUCAAUAACAGUAGGCCUAUAUUGGUUUUAUAUUUAAUAUCAGAAAUGUUAAACAUAUAUAGGCUAUACUGCAUUCAUAAUGAUAUUUAAAUUGUAGCCUAUACAGUAAGCAUAGGUUUCUCAAAGUUAUGGUGGAUAUUAUAUGUUCCUCCUGUUCCAAUGAUCAAAUGUCUUGAUGUAGGCCUACUUUUCUACUCUUUGUAAUGUUGCGUAAACAAUGUUUUGUAUAAUAGGAUAUCCAAGGUCACAUAAUGUUAUUUUGCAGAAAGAACACAUUUUCAAUUCGUUGCUCUCUUUCUGGAACAGCAGUGCAGGCUAUAUCAAAAGCCAUCACGAGCAUUGACGUAUUCUAUCUGUAGGUUAGGUUUUUUUAUUUCAAAAUCCUCUCUCAAAAUUGAAAAAACAGUUUUAUGUGGCUUUAGGAUUUACUGUAGAAUCAGCCUUGCCUCGUUUUCACCACUAGUUGGCCAAGUGAUCAACGUGUGCACGCACAGCCCUGUUCCUACUACAUUGGAAGGGGGGUAGGGGACUGGGUUGCCGACAAUAGGUGGUGGGUAGGAGGGGUGCGAAUUUGAGAAUUUUCCGCAUUUAGGCAGCUAUAAUAGGCCUACAGGGGUGUUACUUUUAGAAGAUACUGAACAUAGAUAAUGGAUUGAUUAAUUAUAUAUUUUUUGAUUAGGCCUUAUGAGUUUGUAAAGGUCUAUAUGAAUUAAAAUAGCCUAUUACAACACAUUUCAUCAUAGUUUUGAUUGAUCACAAAACAAGUAUUUUAUGUUGGAUAUCCAAUUGUAUCCUUUUAUUUUUAUAACCCUUUCACAGCUAUGGAAAUAUGCAUACAGUCACAUCAUGCUGUCUAUGAAUAAGGGUUGCCUACUAAGUAGAUUAAUACUUUGGAAUGGGUAUUGGUGCAUGGUAACGCUAGAGUGGAGAGAAGAGCUCUCUGUAUUUGGCCUAAUUCAGAUGAUUGAAAGCCAUUGUAAUUUAGUGAAAAUGGCUGUCCUUUGUGGCCGCUAGCAGCGAGGUCACUCUCUAAUAGAGAGCCAUAGAUUGAGCAGAACAACAUACGCAUGAACUAAUGUUGAUAAAUGGGGAGGAAUGCAGGCCUUUGCCAGGAACAUUGGGUGGAAUCUGAAAGUUUAUGCUCAUGGCCCAAAUGGAUAAUUUGUGUCAUGUGAAGGAGUGUUUCUGUGUGCGAGUUGUUUGACAUUCAAAUUGUACACAUGGAAGGGAUGACAUCUAUUUGUUUAAUUCAUACGUUGAGGUUUGCAAUUUAAAUGAAGCUUCGCUUGUCUAGAUUACGGACAUUUGUGAUGGGCACAAUAGUUAGUAGUACUAUUAGUUGUACUGGGUGAUUCCUCACGAAACUAUAACAAAAGAACACCAUGAUUUCUGGGAUUUUCACGAAAUGUAAUCCAUAGAAGGGUCCUUUGGAUGAACGAUUAUUGACAUAUAUUAUUGACAUAUUUGACAUUUGUAUCUUCAAGCAUAAUUGAAAAAUAAUUAGUUGGAAUAUUUGUGACAUUUUGGCCUUACCCAGGCCUCCUUUAAGACUCAAAUUGGCCUCAUAUGAAGCUUUACCGCUUGCUCUUUAAUGUGAGUAGUAUUUUGAUUUCAAUAAAAAGGUUCAUACAUCAAUUUAUGAAUAUGGAGAAGGAAAAAAAUAAAUAUGUAUUUAUAUUUACGGGCAUUUCAAAGUUCCAGAGUUGGAUCUCAGAUACUUUUAGAGUUAGGAUCCAAUUUGUAACCAUUACCACCAGUGAAUGUGAAACUAUAUUCAAAAUGGUCGCCCUCUGCUGGUGAUUUGCAGGAUGUACAAUGAUACAAGUAGGAGGGCUGUGAUUGGUUACAUUGCCUGUUUGACAAUAUCAUUAAAAAAAAAUAGCCACUUUUUAUAUUUUCAGUAUUAAUGUUUAUAUUUAGAAAUCAAAAUACUACUCAUAUUACUGAGCAAGCUGUAAAGCUACAGGAGGCUUAAAGGCAAAAUGUCCCAAAUGUUUGAACUUCAAUUAAUUAUUCCGCAAUUAUGCUUGAAGAUGCAAAUGUCAAAUAUGUCAACAAUCCUUCCUCCAAAGGACCCUUCUAUUGAUUUACAUUUUGUGAAAAUACCAAAAAUCAUGGUCUUGUUUUGUGUUGAAUCACCCUACUAUUCAAAUGGUAUAUUAUUUUCUGUUUAAAGGAAGUUGAUUUAUAUAUCAGUUGUCAGGAGCUUAGUACUUAACAUUCUGAACUAAAUUCUUAACAAUUUGAAUAAGAGAUGUGGAGCUUUCCAAGUCAUAGUCACAGCAUUAUUGCUCCCAGUAUAAUUGCGGUAUAAAUUAUGAGUACACAUGGUUUUGUCGUUUGUUAAACUAAUCUUUAAUAGAGUUGUAUUCAUACCCUUGUACAAUUUAGGAAACUUAAAUGGACAUCAAAAUGAAAAUCAAAUAGGGAACAAGGCUCCAUUUACAUUAUGGGCCGAGGUUGAUUCAGAUUACAUGCCCUGUCAUUGAACAGACGGGAAUGGUUGAAUGACUCUGACCUCUCUGUCGCUCACAUUCACACUCACUCACUCAGUGGUUAGGUGCUCCCUCCUGCCUGCGCGGCUCUUUUGCCUUCUAUAAGUCAGUGAGCUGUGGGGCCGGGGCCGGAGCCGCUGCUCAGGUCUGGAAACUGGGGGAGUUCUACUAUGUCCGCUGUGGCCCCGAGGAACCUGUGGGCAUCGCUGAGGUAUGAAUUCUUAUCGCUGUGUUAGUUUGCGCAUGACACUUGCCAUACCAGGGGUGUAUUCAGGGUGGUGACUGUGCAGAACAUUGCAGAUGGAUACUCAAAAUCUGUUUUUCCCUAAGGGUUUCUACCAGAUUUGGAACAUUCUGUAACAUUGCACCCUCGUGAACAGGCCCCAGAGUUUUGGGAUUAAUUCCUUCCUGUGCCACUGUACUGAUUAUGUAUUUAUUGUAAGUCGCUCUGGAUAAAAGCAUCUUCUAAAUAACUAUGUAUUUCUUAUUUCAGGUGAUGUUACUGUGGGAGGACCAGGCCCAGCACCAUCUGCUAGCCAGCUCCAGACUCUACUUCCUCCCUGAGGAUACUCCCAAGGGCAGAACCAGAGAGCAUGGAGAGGUGAGAAGAGGUGUGGGGGGCACUGAGCUUGAUCGUUUUUUAUAAUGUAGGAGUGUUCAAAACGAAGCUAUAAAAUGUUAAAACUAUGUACAUUUUAAAGUCUACAUUACUGUAAACACUGAGUGUGAGUGUCAUACUCUCUGUUCGACCAAGAAUCGCACAAAAUGACAGGCCAUGUGUAAUUGCUAGACUAGUAUGUCAUACACAGCAUAACUCAUGAAAGGACAUACUGCAAUGUGCAAGAUCAUUUCUUCCAUAGUCAAAAUUUGGCUUGGGUUUAUGUAAUAAUGGAUUGUGUGGGCCUGACUUUUAGCCUACUUGUUUAACCACAAGUGUUUCACAAUCUCAAUUUACAAAUGGUUGCCCAAUAACUAACUAUAAACAGGAAUCAUUAGAUUGAUGUGUCACUUCUCCCCUCCUUAUUCAAGUGAAUUUUUUUUAAUUAACUUGCACAAUUCAUGUUUAAUUAAAUGCAUUUUUACUAAAGUCUGUUCUUCAUACCCAACAUUUUAAAAGUGCAUAAGUAUGGCAAAGAGUAGUUAUACUUCUAUUUUAUAUUUUUUACCUAUUCCAUUCCAAGUUAUUUUUGCUGUGAUCUUGAAUCCCAGGUUUUCCAAAGUCUCCUAUUUCACUACAGUGCUAUGCUAAUCAUAGUGAAAGAUAUAAUCUUUAGAGGGGAGUCAUGGUAAAAAAAUACCUGUUCCAGUUUUGUUGUUCAUGUAGUCACCUAUAGUUGGAGGUGGAAUGUGAGAUAGGCCAGCUUGCUUCUAUCAGUGGUAUAGGUGUGUAGGGUUGUCAGUGCCUGAGGCAGAAGUGCUGUGGAUCAUUGUCACUGGUGGCAAACGGGUCUGGGAGGCGUAGGAGGGCUCUGAUGGCUCCUCAUGUGCCACAGGCCAUUGUACUCUGACUGGGGGAACUUAAUCUGGUCCUAUGUGGUGAAGAACCGUAAACCAACCACAUUCUCUGUGUCCCCUAAAUAAAUGGGUUAGGGUUAGUAGGGUUACUAAUUUAGUAAAGAUCAAGGGAAUUUCUUCACAGCAAUGUGUUUUACAUUAAAGCCACAUUCUGUAAUUUGUUCAGUGAUUUAAAAAUAAUUAUAUUGCAUGUUUUUGCAUGUGGAAAUGUCAUGGGAUGCAUUUCCUUGAUUCUUAAAAAAAUUAUUAUUGGUGGCACUUUCUUUGAGGAGGGAAUGCACAAAUAAAGUAGUAUGGCUUUUAAAUGGUGAUCUAAGUGUGUGUGUGUCCCUCAGGAUGAGGUGUUGGCUGUCUCUAAGAAGAUAGUGGUGCGGGUGGAUGAUCUGGUGAGGUGGACAUGUCCGGAACCUCAAGGGUGGAAAGGAGGCAGCCAGAAGUCCAGCAGGACCAACGGUCAUCACAAAGCUACCCCUAUCAUUACCAAUGGAGACCCAACACCACACAAAGAGAAGGCUGAUAGUGAGUGUCUAGGGGUCAAGGUACUCAGCUACCCCCAGUACUGCCGCUUCCGGUCCCUGCAGAGGCGCAUCCAGGACGAGGACGAGGUAGGGUUGGGACUCCAAAACCCCCAUCUGCUGGCCCUGGGGGGGAUCAGGGUGGGCCAACACAACACCCGGGUCCUCUACUGCAGGGACACCUUCAACCACCCCACCCUGGACAGCAACGCCAGUGUCUGGACACAGCUGGGUGAGCGGCAGGCUGGGGGAACUUGAUCUCUCUAUUGAUGUGGCCAUUGGCCGAAGUGAUUAUAUUUAUUUACCCUAAUUAGGCAAUGGAAUCAAAAAUGUGUGGACAAUACAUUUAAAUGAAUUAAUGCAACCUUAAACUAUUAUCAUAUUGACUCAUUUACUGUAUGUUGUGGUUAUCUUGUAGUGAACACAGAAUGUGCUGAAAUUAUGGGAUCCUAAAACAAUGUUAUUUUGUACUUAGUUCAAUGUUUUUUGAGAGGCGAAUGAUUAUCUUGUUAUUUUGAAUUAGGAUUAAAUGCAUCUCUCUCGUUCCCAGGAUGCACCUCUCUUAGCUUGAAGGGGCGACCCCGCAAGAGAAGAGGCAGGCCAGAAGGCCAGAAAGCUGUGGAGCCACCAGCCAUCAACCAAUCAGAGUCCUGGAUAGAAAGAAUGAAGGUACACUUUGUUUUGUUCUAUAAACUGUUAUAUGGCUACAUAACUUCUUCCAGUUACUUUCAGAUGUCUUAUUAUUCACCUCAUAUUCACUUAGAAAUUACUUAAUAUAGUAAUUACCUUUAGGCUUCUUUGUUAUGAAAUGCAUCACAAAACACUAUUUAUGCCAAGUAGUUACUAUUCUUAGAAGUUAAAAUUCCACAUAAUUUCCUAAUAGACACCAACUGGAAUGGGACUGUACAGCGUUACCAGAUGUAGUAUGGUUAUAACAUUAUGUAUCCUGUAGGAGAAUGUAAUGGGCAGUGUGGAGAUGCACUGUGAGGGGGGCUGUCUCCCCCACCCUGAUGAGCAGCUGUUCCUGGAUCAACUCUACUGCUACAUGGAGCGCCGCGGCUCACCCAUCAGCAAGGUGCCCAACCUCGGCUUCAAGAAGAGUGAGUUGCUCACUGAUGACGUCAUCAACCACCAUUAAUACUCCUACCAAAGGCUUUGAAUACAAAGGGUCCUUUGCUGUACUUUCAGUUUGAUUUGAUGAGUUAUCCCUACGGAACAAAAUAAAAUGUUCCCACCAUGUGGUUAUGUAUUUGAACAAGCUGUAUAUCUGUCAGUGUUGUAAACCAGACAGUCAAGGCCACAGCUCCUAGGACCUAUGGUAUGCUUUAACACUCUUAUCUGUCUCCGUGUCGACAGUUGACCUGUUCGUCAUGUACUCUGUAGUCAAACGGCUGGGCGGCCAUGAGAGGGUGAGUAGUGAAGGCCAUCAUUCUAUAUCAUCCACAUAUCUUGUACAAUAGUGAUACGAUUGCUAAAUCUAAGCAAAUGAGUUAGAACGGUUUAUGGAAAUAAUUGAUGGUCUAAAAACUACUUUUAAACCCUUUACAAUCUCUCUGCUGUAGGUGACGUCACAGCGUCUGUGGAAGAAAGUGUAUAAUGAACUAGGAGGAUGUCCGGGCAGCACCAGUGCAGCCACCUGCACCAGGAGGCACUAUGAGAGGUGAGGCAGGAACACUGCUUGUGCCCAGACCAGUUUACGUUGUGCCCCACCUAAAGCAUACAUAUUCUUCUUGUGACAAAAUAAAUCCAUGUUUAUAACUACAGUGCACAAUAUAACCCAGGCUUCAGCUGUGAGAAACGCUGAUUCAGCGGGCUGAUACGAUUAAUAAACAAAGUCAAAAUAUACUAUUUCUCUAGAAUGAUAGGCUAAUGCAGGGGUCUCCAACCUUUUCUAGCAUGAGAGCUACUUUUAAAAAAUGAAACGUCGCGAGCUACUCUUUUUUUCUAGCUUUCAAAUAGGCACAUUUUUCAUCUCCUCCCCUGCAACUCAUCCCUGGGUCCUUAGUGUACAAGAGAAAGUAGUGCACUGUUUCCCAAUUUACCUGGUAAAAUAAUGGUUAAUAAACAACUAAGGGGGGCCCUAUAAAAUCUGUAAUUUCUUUCCCAAAUUCUGUUUUGCGUUUUCCCAAAUCAUGUUUUCUCAGUUGUAUUUUUCCUGGUUUAGAUUUUUGUUUGUCAAAAUUACAAUUGUCCAUAGAGAAACAACAAAAUUGAUGUUCUGAGUCCAUGUCAAUGCUUAAAUCACAUCAGAAGACAAUUUUUUUAGGUCUGGAAGAAAACAAACAAAUGUUAAUUCUUGAGUGUAAUUCCCCUUUAAUUGCACAUCUAGUGAAUGAAGAAUGUGGCGUCUAAUCUGCCUGUCUAGUGAUGGUUCUGUACUGCUGCUGCUGAUUUCAUGGCAAAGUUUGCAAAUAAUAGAUACAAAUGGUCCUCUGUAGCUCAGCUGGUAGAGCACGGCGCUUGUAAUGCCAAGGUAGUGGGUUCGAUACCCAGGACCACCCAUACACAAAAAUGUAUGCACGCAUGACUGUAAGUCACUUUGGAUAAAAGCGUCUGCUAAAUGGCAUAUUAUUAUAUACUUACUCAUAAUAUACAGUGCAUUCGGAAAGUAUUCAGACCCCUUGACAUUUUCCACAUUUUGUUGUGUUACAGCCUUAUUCUAAAACGGAUUUUAAAAAAACAUCUCAUCAAUCUACACACAAUACCCCAUAAUGACCAAGAAUAAAACACAUUUUUUGAAAUUUGUAAAAUAAAAUAAACUGAAAUAAUACAUUUUACAUAAGUAUUCAGACCCUUAACUCAGUAAUUUGUUGAAGCACCUUUGGCAGUGAUUACAGCCUCAAGUCUUCUUGGGUACAAGCUUGGAACACCUAUAUUUGGGGAGUUUUUCCCAUUCUUCUCUGCAGAUCCUCUCAAGCUCUGUCAGGUUGGAUGGGGAGCGUCGCUGCACAGCCAUUUUCAGGUCUCUCCAGAGAUGUUCGAUUGGGUUCAAGUCCGGGCUCUAGCUGGGCCACUCAAGGACAUUCAGACUUGUCCCGAAGCCACUCCUGCGUUGUCUUGGCUGUGUGCUUAGAGUCGUUGUCCUGUUGGAAGGUGAACCUUCGCCCCAAUAUGAGGUCCUGAGCGCUCUGGAGCAGGUUUUCAUCAAGGAUCUCUCCUGUACUUUGCUCCGUUCAUCUUUCCCUCGGUCCUGACUAGUCUCCCAGUCCCUGCCACUGGAAAAACAUCACCACAGCAUGAUGCUGCCAUCACCAUGCUUCACCGUAGGGAUGGUAUUGGCCAGGUGAUGAGCGGUGCCUGGUUUCCUCCAGACGUGACGCUUGGCAUUUAUGCCAAAUAGUUCAAUCUUGUUUCUCAUGGUCUGAGAGUCCUUUAGGUGCCUUUUGGCAAACUCCAAGCAGGCUGUCAUGUGCCUUUUACUGAGGAGUGGUUCUGUCUGGCCAAUCUACCAUAAAGGCCUGAUUGGUGGAGUGCUGCAGAGAUGGUUGUCCUUCUGGAAGGUUCUCCCAUCUCCACAGAGGAACUCUGGAGCUCUGUCAGAGUGACCAUCGGGUUCUUGGGCACCUCCCUGACCAAGGCCCUUCUCCCCCGAUUGCUCAGUUUGGCCGGGCGGCCAGCUCUAAGGAGGAGUCUUGCUGUUUCCAAACAUCUUAUAUUUAAGAAUGAUGGAGGCCACUGUGUUCUUGGGGACCUUCAAUGCUGCAGAAAUGUUUUGGUACCCUUCCCCAGAUCUGUGCCUCGACACAAUCCUGUCUCGGAGCUCUAUGGACAAUUCCUUCAACCUCAUGGCUGGGUUUCUGCUCUGACAUGCACUGUCAACUGUGGGACGUUAUAUAGACAGGUGUGUGUGCCUUUCCAAAUCAUGUCCAAUCAAUUGAAUUUACCACAUGCGGACUCCAAUGAAGUUGUAGAAACAUCUCAAGGAUGAUCAAUGGAAACAGGAUGCACCUGAGCUCAAUUUCCAGUCUCAUAGCAAAGGGUCUGAAUACGUUUUUUUUGUGUUUUUUUAAAAGUAAAUAUGGCAAAAUUUCUAUAAACCUCUUUUCGCUUUGUCAUUAUGGGGUAUUGUGUGUACAUGAUGAGGGAAGAAAAUGUAUUUAAUCAAUUUUAGAAUAAGGCUUUAACGUAACAAAGUCAAGGGGUCUGAAUACUUUCUGAAUGCACUGUACGUCUGCUCGGUAAGCCUACUUUGCAGUUAACAUUUUAAUUGAGAAGGUUUCGGGGAAAGUAUUUCUGUCAUCCUAUAAGACGGUUAUCAUAUCAACUGGCUACACACAGAGUGAUAGACAAACGCGCGCACCACACAGACAGACGGCAAUAUUGCUGGAAAUUAAUUGGCAGAUAUUGUGUUAGGUUUGGCUUUUUAAGCCAAUAGUGGCUAACCAGGGGUGGGAUAAUGUCAAAGUUGCGUUGAGUAGAUAGUAGCUGGGACCUUGCAGUGUCUGAUACUUUGUUCAUGACAGUUUCCGGUGGAACGUGAAAAUUGCUUUUAAUUUCAGAAUUGUUUGGCUAGGUACUCAUAGGUGUGCUGACCCAUUAGAGACCCCUGAGCCAAUGUGAUGUACUGUACCUGAUUGAAAUCCCUGGCAUUUUAGGCUUUUCGGCCUAAAAUAUAUAGGCGUUUCUUUACAAAACGUGUUUUUCAUUCUGGAACUUUCGGUUCUCUGCGUUUCCCUCAGGCUGAUGCUUCCCUAUGAGGAGCACAUAAACGGAAGAGGAGCAGAACUCAAACUCCCAGCAUCCUCUGGGCCUACCCGGGGCAGGGGCGGGAGGGGGAGGGGGAGGAGACCACUGGUGAAGAAGACUGCAACCCUUACCCUUCCUCCAGUAAGUGUCUGUCUGUUCAUCUCUCACUCCACAUACAGUUCAUCAUUGUUGACUUGCUCAGUUCAUGUCAGUCAUUUGAUAUUUAAUAUGCAGUCAUCGCUAGUUGUCUUGUCUUGACCUGAAUCUGAUGUAAAUUAAUGUAUGAAUGUAUUCUAUUACAUUAUAGAGACUAACAUGAGAAUCAUUCAGAACGUCUAAGUGAAUCCUUCCUCAUGUAUGACAUCUCUCUCUCACUAGAUUAUUUCUCCAGACGGUGUGGUGGUAGUGAAGAGGGGCAGGGGCAGACCUCCAGGCAAAAAGAACCAGGCCAAACCUCUAGCCUCCAAGGCCAGUCCAGUGGUCCUGUCUCCCCCAGCCAAACCCAGCCUGGACCUGGGGGCCCGGCCCCUGCAGGAUCCCUCUUUCCAGUCCCUGUCAGUGUUCCAGGGGCUAAACCUGGCCAACAUGCCACUAACCCCAGACCUGUCCCCCAUGUCUGCACCCUUCCUGCCCCUCCUGCCCAAAAUGGAGAGGGAGGUAAAGGUGGAGAACGGGGAUAAUCUAGCACCAUCACCCACUCUGUCUCCUGCAAUUCUCCUGUCUGCUCUCCCCAGGCUCCACGCAGGGGGCUCCCUAGGAGGGUUCAGCCCCACUAAAGGCCUCUGUCCCCUGGAUCUCUUUAGGAGCCGACUGGGCCUCACUAGCUUGGACAGCCCUGGUCUAAACCCCCAGGACCCUGCCUCCCACCAGCCCUCCAGCCUCCACCUCCAGGCCAAGGCAGGGAGCUCAGAUACCCCCCAUCCCAAUGGGGACCAGUCUCAACAACAGUCCCACCACCAGUGCUCGGGGUGUGGGCUGGACGAGGCAGCACAGAGGGGGGGCAGCAGCAGUAUCAGCACCAGGGAGGGCCGGAGCAGCAGGCCUCCCCUGCCCCCUCUCCGGGUCCUCCCCCUGGAUCUGGACUGCAGCCUGCAGGUGCGUCAGCUAAUGCAUACGCGGCUGGGCUUGGCCCAGCUCCACUCCUUCACCAAGCGGCUGUCGGAGGUCUUAGCCCAGGACCUGAGUAGCAAGCCUUGUCUACCUGUCACCCCUCACCCAGAGCAGGCCCUACCGCUCAACCUCAGCAAGCGCUCCACCACCAAAAGAUCUGCCUCUGAUACUGACUCCAGGAUGGCUGCAGGGGAUCAGGAAAAUGGUGAUGCCACACCCUCAGCUAAAAGGCAUAGAGUGGAGUCGUGCGAGGAGGCUGAGGACCUGAGCUCACCCAGCAGGGCCAGGGCUUUCCUCCUGGAGCUUCCUUGUCACACCACCAGCCCAGACACCUAUUCUCCACAUACCCAGCUCUGCCUCACCAAGUCUGGGGAGGGCUCUGGAGACACCUCUCUGGAGAACCAGGGCAGGACGAUUGACUCUGAGCCAGUAAUCCAGGUAAAGGUGGAAGAGGACAGGAGGGAGAGCAGCUUUGUGGAGGUGGAGCCUGUGGAAGACUGCUCUGUAAGAACAGAACAGGAGACGGUGGAGAAAGAGGGAGAAAAUGUAAAGAUGCAGGAGGAUGGGGAAGAAGAGAAGAUGGAGGUUGAAACCGUUAAAAUGGAGGAUAGUAUACAACAGAAAUCGGAGAAAGAGGAGGAGGGAGAAAAGGCAGAAGUGGAGGGGAGUAAACUGGAGAGGGUAGAAGAAGAGGGUAAAACCAUAAAUACGGAGGAUGAUAUAUCAGAGAGGGGACUGAGGACUCCUUAGCCCACUCUACCAGUGGCUCUGGGAGCCACAGGUGCAACAGGAGGAUGAGGAGAUGGAAUAUAAUGUUAAGGCUUCUAUCAAAGGGCUGCCCAGUUCUGUCCUGCCUCCAACCCAGGCCCAGCCAAGGUGACUGAACACCUGCACACAACCCCAACAGCCUCAUGACCAACACCGACAAUCACUCCUCCACUCUACCUUAUGGGAGGUUACUCUCAAACAUACAAUCAAAGACUAAUCCUGUGAACUCUGUAACGACACACAUACACACACCUUUGAAAACACUGCCAUUUGCCUUGAGAUGACACUAUUCAAUUAUCUAAUUCUAUACAUUGUAUGAUACUAUGCAUAAUACAACUUUCAAGCUUAAUCUAACUUGAAUUAUGUAGCUAUAUUAAAGCUUAACUUGUAUUCUACGUCUGUAGAAAAUAGUAUUAUACUUUUUUUCUUACUGUUAAAUUAAGUAUAUUACAAAACAAUCAAUAGUGCAGAGGUUUUUAUAACAAUCCACUCCUUUCCUGGGCCCAGUCUUCCAAAAGCAUCUUAAGGAUAACUUCAUUGUUAGAUCAAGGAUACAAAAAGAUGUGCCUUAAAUCUCUUGUGCUCUGAUUUGUAGUCAUUCAGAGUCACACAAAAAGCAACAACCAGGAAAAUGUGUUUGUUUGUUUUCCAGUAGUGUCCUUCAGUCCUGCAUUUACUUCCUGUUUGUCUCCAACGACGGCAGGAUUUGCACACCUACUGUACUGGUUCCCUUUCCUUCCUUUUAUGAGGCAGUCACUUACAAUAUUUAUUAAUAUUUUCCUUUCUGAUGCCAAUUUAAUGUAUUUGAAUGUGUCUAGUUUAGAAAAAAUAAUACUGACACCACUGGCCUGGUUAAGGUUAGAUCUAGUCGUUGUUGCCUUAAUCCGAGUCAAUUGAUGCCAGUAAUUCUCUGACAGAUAUCUGAAAUGCCCUAUUUUGUAUACGGUAAACUGUGGUGUGCCCAGACCAGAUGUACAGUAGCAGUGCAAUUCUAUUGAUUACCAGCACCAAAGAUCUUUCUUACUGUAUGUUUACCAUAAAGAGAGUAAAUGUUCUCUGCUGUAAAAUAUAACUUUUCUAAAACGUACAAAAAAUGUUUUCCUGUUUAUGUCCUUAUUAAAUAUUUGGUUGAACGAUUAGAGCUGGUUGUGGCUCAACCUGUUUCUAUUGAGCAUCUAUCCUCAUUGCAGCCUAACCUAUUUCUUUGUGUUUAAAAAUGUCAGCAUACCGUUGAGGUUAACAGUCCACAUGCCUGCCAUUGGGUGAGAGGGAAAAAUGUUCUAGUUGAGCUACACAUCAUUUUGGUGUGACAAGUUCCUCAUUGAGUUGUAUAGGUAUUUAAUGCUUUUACUUAAAUAGUUUGUGUAGCUUUUUGAUGUUAUUAUUAUUUGAAUUAUUUAGAGUUUAAGAUCAAAUGUUUACAUUCAAUUAUGCAUGUAGAGCAAACAAAUAAUAUUAAGCUGAUUUUGUACCUUUAGUAGUUUGCAGACCAUCUGACUGGUACUUUAUUAGUUGGUUGAGUUGGUUCACAGUAUACCAACUUCUGGAAUGGUUAAAAUGGGAAAAAGAGUAUCUUCAUUCAACUAUGGUGGACUUUAAAUAUGGAUGGUCACAAUUCUUAGAAAAUAAGAAAUCAGCAUAUGGAAUUGAUUUGCAGUUGCCUCAGAUCAACUGGCUUUUCUUUCCCCCUUCCUUUCCCUGCUUGUUUUAUUACUUGAACACCUGCUACAUAGUUAAUGUCAUGUAGUUAUGUUUCUAUUUAAAUCUGUGUAUCAGUUGAGCUCAUCUUGUUCAUGGAAGAAAUCUCUCUGGUAUUCCUUUCUCUGUGUAUUUGAGUAUGGCCAGUGCCAUGCCACAUCUUGACUCCUGUACUCAAUUGAUUAUAUGGUAGUUUCAACCAUUUGUUUUAACACUGUAUAUUUAUAUUAAAG